AUGGAAGAGUUCGAGUUGCGAGCGCCUCGUGACCGCUCACGGAGCGACCUGGCGGCCAGAUCUAUGGAGCAGAAUGAUGCCCAAAUGGGUGGCGAGCUUCGUUUCACUGGGACCAUCGUGGAAGAGCCCGGAACCUCGAAUCCGCGACGCCCCGAGGUGGAGCUGCCAUUUCGAGACCGGGCGCAGACGGAAAAUCCCAAUGCUUCGUCCAGCGGCGUGACCCGUCGCCGUGCGGCGGAGCGCAUCAACAGCAGCGGGCUGCGCGAAGUGACGCCGGACCGGCUGCGCCGCGGAGAAGGCCCCGGAGUCAUGAAGACGGUAGCAGCACAGAUCAGAGGUUUCUACCUAUUGAAGUUUGCCGUCUCUGUCACUGCCUGUUACUUGACCAUCCAACUUCUGAGAAAAUUUGCAGAGGUCUUGCUCCCUUUCAUCUUUGCUGUAUUGGUGACAAUCAUCUUGGAGCCUUUGAAGAAGUUUGUGAUGCGAGUGCUGUGCAGACUCGUGGUGCGUGUGUUUCUGGCCCUGCACAUGGACUUCUGCGUGGAUGGCGUUCAAAUGACCGGGACAGGCAAUAGGCACCCGAGCAUCGACAGCAUGGGCAUGGAGGGCCAACCCAUCUAUGGCAGUCUUCCUGAGGAUUCGGAGGACAUGAACGCGCCCUCCACUCGAGCCUCGAUGCCGGCCCCUACCGUCAAAAAACUGCUGAUCGCCCUCUCCAUCUUCUAUUGCUUGGCCUUCUCCGCCCGUGUUUUUUGGCUGGUGGCACGUGUCUUUUUGCGAGCCGCCGCGGGGAUUUCUCAAGACAUGCAGUACUACAAAGAGGGUGCUGCGCGUCUCAAAAGUUGGAUGAAAGAAUACAUCAGUGGCCUCCACAUUGAGUCCCUGGAUUUUAACGACGUCCUGGAUGAACUUCUUCAUGAGGUGGAGAAUCUGGGGACGGUGUUGACGCAGAGCUUGCUGAACUUCAUGGUCCAAGGGGUGGUGACCUUCAUCUUCCUGAUCUACAUGUUGUGGAGCCCCGUGAAGAUGGAUGGCAGCGCCAUGGCCACCGAGGCCUUCCACUCCACCAGUCGAUAUCUCAAGGUGAAGUUCGGCAUCUCCGCCUUCACCGGUUUGACCAUGGGUUUGCUACUCUUCACCAUGGGCUUGGACCUACCUGCUGCCUUCGGCCUCCUGUCCUUCCUCUGUAACUUUUUGCCAGGUAUUGGCUCGUUGGUGGCCUCCAUCAUGCCCUGCAUGUUGAGCAUCAUCGACGUCAGGAAAGCACCGAUGCAGGUGGCUGUUGCUUUCAUCAUGCAGAUGUUCGUUCAUUUCUUGAUCGAUUUCUUGGUGGAACCGGUGGUCUUCGGCAUCUCCGUGGAGAUGAACUCGGUCAUUGUCAUCCUGGGUAUUUGGUUCUUCUACCAGCCUUUUUCGUGGCUGGCCCAUGAUGCCAUGAAGUGUGCCGCCAGCGGCUGCCCCGCAGCCGGCUUGCGGAAGUGUGGGCGAUGCGGACAGGUGAACUAUUGCUACUGGUUCAGCGGAUUGCCAGAGGAGUCACUGGCCCUUGCACAAGUUGAAGUGCACAAGCACCUCCAGCAUGUGCUGCGCGCCCAAGAGGCCUCGGAGGCCGAGCUGCCUGUAGAGCUGCAGCGUACGUUGGCGCGCCUGGCGCGGGAUGAGAGGUUGCACGAGCUCCGCUUCAGCGGCCUGGCCUCCUCCCACGCGCAGACGCUGGGCCUGGCACUGGCGGACGCGGCACAGCGGUCGUCGUUGCAGCGCCUGCGGCUAGAGGAGUGCCGCAUUACGGCAGAGGCCGUCCAGCACUGGGCGCCGAGAGCGCUUUCGGAACUGAAGGAGCUAAAGGUGUUGAACUUGGCUCACAACCAGCUGGAGGUUCGGGGUCUCGAAAUCGUAGUCCAGGCCCUAGGCAGUAGCCAGUUGGAAGAGCUGGUUCUCACGGACAACUUAUUGGGUCCCAAGGCGGGUCAACUGGUGGCAGAGCUCUUGCUCCAAGUGCCAUCCCUUGCCACGGUGGAUCUCUCGGAGAACUUUCUGCAGGAGGAGGGGGCAGCCAUGAUCGCCAAAGUGCUGCGAGGUAGACCCCUGGCUAUGCGUCUCAGCCUGGACCUGUCCUCCAACGACCUCCGGGUGGCCGGCGCCAAGGCCCUGGCCUCACUGCUGGAGGUGGAUUCUGUGAGGUCGAUGGAGUUGGCCUCCAAUCGCUUGCAUGACUUUGGCAUCAAGGCCAUGGCGCAGGUCUUGAAAGGCAAUCGUUGCCUGACUUUCCUGGGCCUCCAGGAGAACAACAUCAGUGAUGAGGGGGUGACUGCCUUGUUGGAGGCCCUCUGUGAGAACGAAAAGUUGCAAACUUUGGAACUGGACUACAACGCCAUCAGCGACGCCGCCCUGGCCGCGCUGACGGCCGCCAUGCCGACGUGUCGGAUCACGUCUGCUGGCAAUCGGCCGAAGCAACCAGGGAUGAUGUCGGGCUCCGUGACCGGCGGCUACGAUGAUGACACUGCCGCCUUCUUCGACGGGGUCUUCGCGGGCCGCUGGAUGAGUUCGGUGGGAGAGCCUCGAGGUGAAGAAGAUAUCGAUGAUUAUCAUUCGGAAGUGCAUCCGAAAGAUGAAGGCAGAGUUGAUGCGACAGCGCCGGUCUGUGGUGAGAUCCAAAGAUAUGAAGAUCUUUGGACGAUGCUCAUGGAAAGUCAACUCGCACAG